AUGGAUCCCGAUGGCAUCUUGUUGAUCUUCUUGGUGGUACAAAAUAUCUUUCACGAAAGUGAUCUGAAACACAAGUUUGAGAGAUGUGAAAUCUCCCAGUUCAAGAGGUCAGAAGAUGAUCAUGACAGAUUGACAUCAGAGACCAGUGUGGUUGUGAUCCUCACCCUUUAUUUUACCCAGACGGCAACAGCUGAGAAAAUAAAAAAUGAGCUGGUUUUGGGUGUCACUGCAAAUAACCCUACCGAGACUUUGAAAAUUGAUGUGAACAGCAUACAAAUCACAGUAGCUGCUGAAAAUCCUACUACAACAACACCUUUAACCUCAUCAGAUCCCACGAGUUUCAUUACAAGUUCCAUGACACCAACUCCAGGUUCAGGACAGCUCACCACAAGCAAGCCCUCAACAACAGUGGAUCCCACGAGUUUCAUUACAAGUUCCCUGACACCAACUUCAGGUUCAGGACAGCUCACCACAAGCGAGCCCUCAACAACAGUGGCUGAGUGUUUGCCACCUGCUGAACUCUGUGCUGAUGGUGCAACCUGCAUUAGUGAAGAGUUCUUUUGUGAUGGAGUCUUGAACUGCCCAGAUGGUUCAGAUGAAUCUGAAAAAAGAUGUGCUGCAGUUUGUGAUGGACAAUUCAUGUUGACUGGCUCCUCUGGGUUUUUUCACUCAAUGAAUUAUCCAAACCCAUAUAAUGAAAACAUUGUUUGCAAAUGGAUAAUAGUAGUGCCUCCAGGAUUGUCCAUUAAACUGAACUUCACUUCUUUUGAAACACAACCAUAUGCAGACGAGCUGAGUAUUUUUGAAGGACUAGGACAAAACAAGGUUUUAAGAGCUUCUCUGUCAGGGACCAAUCCUGAAACAAUUUACAUCUUUUCUCAUGAGGCUACAGCACAGUUUAUGUCUGAUUAUGCAGAGAAUUAUAAUGGCUUUAAUGCAACAUACACUGCAUUUAAUGCAAGUGAACUAAACAAUUAUGAGAAAAUCAACUGCACUUUUGAAGAUGGCUUUUGUUUCUGGAUACAAGAUUUGGAUGAUGAUUCAGACUGGGAGAGAGUUCAGGGUCCCACCUUUCCCUUGAUGAGUGGUCCUGAAUUUGAUCAUACAUUUGGCAACUUUUCAGGAUUUUAUAUUUCAACACCCAUUGGACUUGGAUUCAUAGAAGAGCGGGUCCGGAUUCUGAGUUUGCCUUUGGUCCCUUCAGACACCUAUUGUCUAAGCUUCUGGUAUUUCAUGUAUGGGGAUAAUGUUUACCGUUUAAGAGUCAGCAUAAGCAAUGAGGGUGGUAAGGAAAAGAUAAUUUUCGAGAAAGAAGGAAACUAUGGAAACAACUGGAAUUAUGGACAAGUAACUUUAAAUGAGACUUCUGAUUUUAAGGUUAUUUUUGAUGCCUUUAAAAGGCGUGGUCCCAGUGACAUUGCCGUGGAUGACAUUGGCCUGACAAAGGGAAAGUGUAACCUAGACAAUUAUGUAGAGCCCACUGUGAGGCCAACUACUGCCACCACCCCACUGGUUCCCACUGACUGUGGAGGGCCGGUUGAACUCUGGGAGCCAAACAGUACAUUCAGCUCUGCAAACUUUCCAAACAAUUACCCUAAUUUAGCUUCUUGUGUGUGGUACUUGAAUGCUGAAAAUGGAAAAAACAUCCAGCUUCAUUUUCAGGUCUUUGAUCUGGAAAAUAUUUAUGAUGUGGUUGAAAUCAGAGAUGGCAGAGGACCAGAUUCUUUACUUUUGGCUGUCUACACAGAGAGAGGCCCUCUGCCAGAUGUCUUCUCUGCAACAAACCAGAUGACAGUGAUCCUCCGGACAGACGAGUCUUCAACUGGGAAGGGAUUUCUUGCAAACUUCACCACUGGCUACCAUCUGAGGGCUUGCACAGUUGAUGAGCAUCAGUGCAGUACUGGGAAAUGCAUCCCAUUGCACAACCUGUGUGACAACAUCCCUCAGUGUGAAGAUGGCUCUGACGAAGCAAAAUGCAUGAGAUUGCUCAAUGGCUCUCAGAGCACCGAAGGGCUGGUACAGGCCAGGGUUGGGGAGUCGUGGCACCUGGCAUGUGCAGAGGAUUGGAGUGGAGAGAUUUCAGACAGUGUUUGCCAGCUGCUGGGGUUGGGGCAUGCAAAUAUGUCAUCAGCUGUAUUAUUCACUGGAGAUGGUCCAUUUGUCACCAUCACCAAAGGUAACCACAGCCUAAUUUUCACAAAAAGAGAACACUGUCGGGACAACCUGGUGGUUCAUCUGCAAUGUAACAUUCAAUCUUGUGGAAAAAACCUGCUAACUCAGAAUAAUGGAACAAGAAUUGUAGGUGGAAAUGAUGCCAGAAGAGAGGCUUGGCCCUGGAUAGUUUCACUCCAUUUUAAUUUCCAACCCGUUUGUGGAGCUUCCCUUGUCAGUGACGAGUGGCUGGUGACAGCAGCACACUGUGUCUAUGGGAGACAGCUGAAGCCAUCCCGCUGGCAAGCAGCUCUUGGCUUGUACAGCCAGUCAGACCUGGCAAAGCCUCCAGCAGUGGUUCAAAACAUUGACAGAAUAAUUAUAAAUCCUCAUUACAUGAAGCAAACAAAAGACAGUGAUAUUGCUCUGAUGCACCUUCAACACAAAGUGCAGUAUACAGAUUACAUCCAACCUGUCUGCCUACCAGAAAAGAAUCAACAGUUUCCACCAGGAAUUAACUGCUCCAUUGCUGGCUGGGGGGCUAUUCGCAAUGAUGGUCCCUCUUCAAACAUACUGCAAGAAGCAGAGGUCCCUCUCCUUUCUAAUGAAAAAUGCCAGCAAUGGAUGCCAAAAUAUAAUAUUACUGAGAAUAUGCUCUGUGCAGGAUACGACAUGGGAGGAAUAGAUUCCUGCCAGGGGGAUUCAGGUGGCCCUCUGACAUUUGAAGAUGGGGACAAGUGGUUUUUGGUUGGUGUGACAUCAUUUGGAGAAGGGUGUGCCCUUCCCCAGAGACCAGGAGUGUACGCUCGAGUCACCAUGUUUGUGGACUGGAUCAAAACCAUCAUCUAUUAGCUUGAUAUUUUUUAA